GGUAGUGCAGCACCCGAGUCAGGUGUUGGCCAACUCUCCCCACCCAGCGAGGGCCACCAGCAGGCCUUGGUAUUGGUGGCCAUCUUGACACAAAUCAUGGGACUCUUUGCUAUUAUUAGAACAAGAUGCUCAAAAUAAUUGAGUAAAAAAGAAACUGCUUUAUCGAAGUUGUAUCUGAAAACAAUAGUGGCUAGGUGUCUCGCGUUCCUUCCAUUCAAGUCAGUUGUGCGGAUUGGUGGAGUGUCGUGGAGCCGCUAGCACACAACAGAGCCGUCUUCCCUACUUGUUGAGUGUGCUGAUGCUCCAUUGUGUUGGUGUGUUGUUCGCGGAUUUGACUCGAUCCAUGCAGUAGUAGCUUGGCUGAGCACGUGUACUGCUAGCCUCGCAUGCGCUGACCACAGGAUAUCGCGGACUGCGGCCACUCAAGGAAUGGCCACAGGUGGAGGUGGGGGAGGCUCGGUCAGGCGACAAGGAUUUUGUAAAUGGUUCAAUGUGGCAAAAGGAUGGGGUUUUAUUACACCAGACGAUGGAGGGAUUGAUGUCUUUGUACACCAGACAACUAUUUUUAAGAAUGGAUUCCGCAGUUUGGCAGAAGGUGAGCGGGUUGAGUUUGAAAGCAAGCCUUCUAAUCAGGGGAUGGAAGCAACCUUUGUAUGUGGCAUUGGAGGCCAGGAGUGUAAGGGCAGUGAAAGGAGACCCAUGUCAAGAAAGAAACCAAGGAAAAUACGGUGCUACAACUGUGGUGACUUUGCCAACCACAUUGCUGCCAAGUGUCCACAUGGUCCACUUCCCAAGCGAUGCCACCAGUGCAAGUCUACUGAACACUUGAUAGCAGACUGUCCUCUUAAAGACUCCACAUCUUCCCCUGCAGCAACAGCAUCACUCAUGCAACGUAGACCACGCAACAACAACAGCAGCACAGAGAAUGGAUUUAAUGGGGGGGAUCAUGGCUCUAUGCCAUCCCAUGUAUGACUUGAUCAGCACAGCAAUAACCAGGCCUUGACAGCACACCAUCAACACACAGACACUCUGGCUUCUUGGCCAAACUUUGUUGCAAGCAUUAGGUGCAAAUUUCAAGUUAGUUGCAAGCAUUAGGUGCAAGUUUCAACUUAGUUGCAAGCAUUAGGUGCAAGUUUCAAGUUAGUUGCAAGUAUUAGGUGCAAGUUUCAAGU